CUCGCGUUCCAAAUAUGAAAUCUUCUUGGCAGACGAAGAAGAAACCGAGCCGCCAGAAUUAUAUGUGACAGAAGAAAUUGAAGAAGCACCGUUACCCCCAAUUUUGGCGCCACAAAUGCCAACUGUUAAUGACACUGGCAAUAUUUAUAUUCGAUAUUUGACACAUCCGCCGGAGAUCACGAUCAGGCCUCGGAACCUGCAGGUCAAGGCGAACGGUAUCGCUGCCUUCUACUGUGCAGCGAGAGGAGACCCCAUACCCAACAUACAGUGGAGAAAGAACGGCAAACGAGUAUCUAGUAUGCAGUCCCGCUACCAAGUGUCUCCGAUGGACGCUGCAGCAGGACCGGCGGCUAACGGAGCUGUACUCCGAAUCGAACCGGUACGAGCUCAACGUGACGAUGCUACUUACGAGUGCGUGGCGGAGAAUGGCGUCGGUGAUGCUGUCACUGCUGUAGCUACCCUGACUGUGUUUGAAGCUAGAAUUAGUACCAAGAAACCUUACGUUCCUCCGGCAAACGAUCAACUACAUUCCAAGAAAUAA